UAAGAUGUAACGAAGGAAGGAACUUGGAGGGGUAAAAAAAGAGAAGGAAGAGGAGAAGAAAAGAGGGACUCGUCGUGAUCACGUAUUCUUUGGUUAAAGAGUAAUCCGCAGCAAGAGAAGAGAAGAGCCCAAAUCGAAAAUUGAAAAUUGAAUCGAUGUUCAAAGUAGACAAAGCUCUUCUUCUUCUGCGUCUGCUUCUUUAAGGGAAUUGUGUUUGAUCAAGUAAUGUUUGUUUGUGCAAUGGUUGCCCCCCCCCCUGGAUUGUGUAUAUGUUACUCUCUUCCCUGUGCUCGAAUGUUUCUUAAAUUGCAUCGUUUCAUUGAAUAAGAAAGAUCUGUUACUGCAUUCUCGUGAGGCACUGUUUCCAAGUGGUAAGCGCAGUGGGGAAUGGACUGGUUGUGUUGGCCAAUUGUCAGUCUUUACGAAUGAUGAGUGGGGGCCAAAAACCUCCCAAAUGUAUUCAACUUUUUCAAAUGGCGACGUGGUGAACCAUCAUCAUCAUCAUCAUCAGCAUCUUUGACUACUGGAUUGCUCGAUAAUGCGUCACACGAGAUCGAGCUAUCCAACUACGGUGGGGGAGUGAGUACCAAGCCCCGGAAGCGAGAGCCCUUCAACGGAGAGAGCCUAAACGUACAACCAGUCGCUGAUUUGGACCUCUUCUUCGAGAAGCUCUACAGCUACUACAGAGACAAGGGCCUCUCUGGUGUAUUAUUGUCAAAUGGGCUGUCGAGCUUCUGAGUCUUGUCAAAUGUGGGAUAGAUGCGGUUGAGCCGUGUGAUCUUGUCAAAGAAGCUAUCCAUGAGCACCCUCUGUCCCCUUUCACGCUCACAACCGCUAUCAUCGUUGGGUACUUGGCGCUCUUCUGCUUCUUAAGGUUCUUUGCUCAGUUGAAGGAUACUCUAAGACUUCCCGGCACUUUUAUUACAACAGUCUCCAUGUUACAGACAACGAGAUCCUGACUAUGCCAUGGGAAACAGUCCUUGAAAAGGUUCAAGAAGCGGCUGUUUGUGGUUGGGCUUGCUAUGCUUUUGCUGUCACCGUUCCUUGUCAUCUUCGUGUUGGUGUAUCUAUUCCUAAGUCAUGCUGAACAGUUCUACAAUCAUCCGAGCACUGCAUCUUCCAGAAGAUGGUCCAAUUUUGUCUAGAUGGCUCUUCAGGGAGUUCAAUGAGGUUGACCAUUUAUUCAAGCAUAGGAUUAACAGCAGCGCAGAACACGCGUCCCAGUAUCUGAACCAGUUCCCCUCGCCUAUCAUCUCCAUCGUUGCAAAGUUCGUCUCGUUUGUGUCUGGCGGCUUUGCGGCUGUGUUAAUCAUCAUUGGGUUUCUCGAAGAGUCUCUUCUAGAGGGUCAUAUAUUGGGUCGCAAUUUGUUCUGGUAUGCUGCUGUGUUUGGAGCCAUUACAGCCAUUAGCCGAGCUGCUAUUUCGGGUCCUCGACCCGGUGGGAACUAUGGCUGCGGUGUAUGAAGAAAACUAAAUCACUAGAUAGUCAAAAUAUUUUAACUAUAUAGGGAACACCUCUUUGUAACCGAGAAAGCCAAAAACCAAUUUGUGAUGAACGUACAUGGCCAAGCCAACGUUUUUUUUUUGACCGAACAAGUCAACAUUAACGUACGUAUCUUUAUACUUGUAGAUAUUACAAUACUAAAUGUACGUGUAUUUCUAUCACCU